GUGGUUGUUUUUUGAAACGAUUUUGAAGAACGAGCUCCGAGAAUGUUUUCAGGGGCUGUUUCUUAUUUUUUCUUAGUGGCUUGGAGUUGUUUAAUUCAAGGGGAAAGUACGGAUUUUCCGGGAGCUUUAACCGAUUUUUCGGAACAGCGGAAGUUGGUAAACGCUUACGAUGAGGACAAAGCAGUUUUCGUGGUAAGGAACAGGGAAGAGAGAAUGUACGAGUCUACCAGAUUUUUAAAGGGACUACAUUCAGUAGAAGCACUUGAUGAAAGUUACAAAAUGUCAAAAAGGAUUAAGAGGAGCCCUGACGAAUCUUUCGAAAAAGCAUUUCUGGACGCCCACAAUGAGCUUCGCGCCAAGCACGGUGUUCCGCCGCUUAAAUUGAAUAGCACAAUUAGUAAAUUCAGCCAAGCACAUGCAGAAAAUUUGUUACGUACAGGCAAGUUUGAACAUUCUUCUGAUGAAACAUACGGAGAGAAUCUGUUUAAGUCAAAUAGUUCCAAUCCUGAGUUCGAGAUUAAAGGCGACGAAGCAGUCUAUGCUUGGUACGAUGAAAUAAAAGAUUACAAGUUUGGAGAAGAACCCGACAACUGGUAUAAAGUGGGCCAUUUCACUCAGGUGAUUUGGAAAGAUACAAAAGAGCUGGGGGUGGGACUUGCUAGAGAAAAUGGUAAAGCUUACGUGACAGGAAACUAUUAUCCACCAGGAAACUUUAAAAACAAGUAUGUUGAAAAUGUUCCCCCGCCCAUUAACACCAACAAGCAGUCGAGGACUUCUUAUGAACGGCCGAGAUCAAACCCUAUACAAUCGGCUUCUAUAAAAUUGCCUGCUACAAAAGGAAAUUUCGUGGAGGAUUUCCUAAGAGCCCAUAACGAAUAUAGGCAAAUUCAUGGUGUACCUCCACUAGAACUAGAUCCGAAAAUAUCAGAAGUUUCGCAAGACUGGGCAGAUACACUCGCCGCUAAUGACGAAUUCAAGCAUCGUGAGGACGGCAAGUACGGCGAAAAUGUGUACAAGAUUAUGCCGGCCGGUAUAGAAUUGGACGGCGUGACUCCUGUAAAAUCCUGGUACGACGAAAUAAAGGACUAUCAGUUUGGAACAGAAGAGCCUCAAACGGCGGCUGGGCAUUUUACGCAAGUCGUUUGGAAGGAGUCGAAGUUUUUGGGAGUUGGAGUUGCCCAAAGUAAAACGGCCACCAUAGUUGUGGCCAAUUACCAUCCGAUUGGUAAUUUGAUUGGUAGAUAUGUUGAAAAUGUAUUACCGCCAAAUAAAAAAAUGAGGAGAUCGAAAAUAAUCCUUAAGAACAAGGAGUCACAAGGAUGUUAAAGGUCACAGCCUUUGGAAAGCUGCCGAUCUAUCCAGUUUUAUUAAAUAAUUUUGGGAUUUCCUUGUACUACUUCAUAAUAAUAAUCCCAAAGGGUAAAAUAUAAUAAUUUUACUUAAAUAUAACAACAAAAAUUGUUUCAAAGUAUGAAAUAGUUAGAGAACAUGCUGAUAUGUUUUUUAAUCUAAUAA